AUGGCUACCGAUCCUCGUCUCGGGUAUCAUGGCUCCAAAUAUCGCGGGCUGGAUCCCGACUCUCAUACUGCAGAGAAAUUGCAUCAUGCCUCUCCCAAACACAUACACAUGACCAAUCGGCGAUUCUUCAUCGGCCCCAUUCCGCAGGGCUGGUUGCAGAAUCACCGUAAAUCGUGGUGGAGGACAAGACUCAGGCUGAGUAAAUACUCUUCAAGGACUGUCACUUUCUCUGCAGAUCCCAUGGUCGCACGUUACACUGAGGAGUACGAGAGUGAUGAUUAUGAAUCCUCUCCCGAAGAAGAGUCAGCUGGUCUGGCCGAUACCACUGAAGACGAAGCAACAGAACGGGAAUCAGAGGACGAAACCAGAGAUUGUGAGGCCCGCCCGCGAAAGAGCCUACGGACUAUUCCCUACACACUCUCUGAAGACAAUGGGCAUGAGGUCUCGCGGACGACUACUGCAGACACAAGCCGAUCAACUUCUAGAGAAACAGCGAACCACGAAGGCGCGUCUACUCGAAGACAAGAUGGUGGCUCUGCUUAUUACACGGCCCACGAGCGCGGCCCAAGCGAUGCAUCCUUGGAACCCAGCAGGAUGGAGUCGGAGCAACCCACGCGGGAACAAGACAGGCAAACGCUACAGGUUCCUAGCCAAUAUGCCGAGAGUCAGUCAAGCCCCAUGAUUCCUGCUAGCGAUCAUGGAUCCACAACUGGGUUGCUAAGGCCAGCGUCGCGAUCCAAAGGGAAGGGAAGAGCACCGUCAGUGUCGACACCAGCAGAUCUAGAGCAGCAUGAGCCUCGGGUGGAGAGCGACGAAGAGCAAUCGAUCCCGCAGGGCAAGCGAGUCAGAAGUAAUCCUCUUCACCCACUGCACAAAAAGGCGGUCAGAUACAACCUGGAUGACAAUCUCUUGGACAAGCAACAGCGGCUUUUUUCGCGCAUAUCGAGGACACAGGGAGUCUUGUCACGACACCGACCGCACCGACGCAAAAUCCAGGAAGGAGAGGUCCUGAAGGCAGAGAAAAUGCUUGUUCGGAUUGAGGAAACACUACAGGACAAGCUUCCUGAUGACUAUACAGAGAAUGACAGUCUCAAGUCAGAGAAUCGGGUUGUGGAUCAGUGGCGAGAAUACCUCGUGGCGUGUCGAGUGUCUUCCAGUCCGGAUGCGCCAUUCUCUCUCCAAAUGUACAAGACUCGUGUCAUACCCGAGGUGCAAAAGGCAGGCACGCGGGUGUCACCGCAGUAUGAUAUCCCGCUGGGUCGCAAACGGACCAAGGUAAAUCUUUAUUCACACCUGGACAAGACAAUUGUCAUCUGGGGGCCGUGUAAGCGAGGGACGAAGAUCUUCAUUUUACGGCCGAAGUCUGCGGCGCAUGCUAUGGAAUGGUACACUUUCCUGAGCCAGGUGCUAGGCAGGCGCCGUCCAUCUUCACUCCCGAUAUAUGUCCCAGACCUUGGAGUAUCUCUUGUUUUCAAGAAUCCGUUCGAACAAUUAGAAGCAAUUUAUUCGAACAAGGGGAAGGGUGGUGUUCUGGGUCGCGCUGCAACGAAGGAGAAAUCUGUCGCUACAGCGAUCGUGCGCGGUUGUUUGGAGAUGCUGGAACACCGCCCCGAAUGGGCGGAGGUUUUGAACCGCUGGUCCAAGACUGAGAUCAUGGGGCUUGCCUGGAAGCGGUAUGAUCGAUUGGAAUGGAUUUUUGGUACCAAUGAAGCGAACAUGUACGGCACAAUUGCGAUGCAUACGACCCAUGAGCUCGAGCUGCGACCAAGGCAACAUUAUCAGACGUACGUCAAGCACGACCACGAGAAGGAGGAUGAGCCCCCACCGGUAGAGGGCUUUCUUGUACGCCUCACGUCGCAGCGUGGUGUACACCAGCGAUUGAAUAAGAUGUUUUUCAAACGACUGUAUUUCUUUACUCAGGAUCACCACCUGUUUUUCUGCAGACCCUCCAAGUCACUGCCCCCGGCGCCUCCGAAGCUCGACCGCGAUGAGACUACCGUGCCCUCAGCGCAGCAGAUCUUAGACGCAUCGCCUCUUUCCUACGAGGUCGAUCCGUACCCCUUGCAGGACGGCGAGAUUACAUGGUUAUCGAGUGGCAAUAAGGAACACAUUACCAAAUACGACGAGCAGGCUUAUGCUCAACAGCAAAGAAACGCCCACAACAUUGAGCAUGCAGACGGGUUCAUUGAUCUAAGCCGGGUCAAAGAAGUCCGCAAUGUGCACCGUGAUGCUUGCCCCGCUGACCCCAAUCUCGAACAAGGGCCCGACGUCGAUUUCCAACCUGACGCGACAGAUUCGCGCCGAGAUGACGGCGCCACGAAGCAGUUUGAUGAUGAGAGGACGUUUGAGAUGCUCCUGCACAAUGACCUUGUUGUUCGGUUCCAGGCGUACGAUGAGAUCACCAAGAAUGAAUGGAUGAAACGACUUGAUGCUCUGGUGAAAUACUGGAAGGUCCGGCUGGCGACCGAUGCAGCGGAGCUCAAGGUUCUCCGCCAGCGUAAUCAAGAACUUCUUGGAAUCGAUGAGGAGAUGGAGUCGAUCAUGGGGCAAUUCGCUCGAAAGUGGGAGGUCAAAAAAGCCGAGGCCUCGCCUCUGCUGCACAACAUCUGUGCUCUGUCGGGCUGCCGGACAAUCAAGAUGUCUGGACAACUAUAUCGGAAACCUCGCCGCCACAGCACCUUCAAGCGAUGCCAUGUCGUCCUCAUGGCCGGAAAGUUAUUAAUCUUUCGCACCUCCCUGCGGAAGCGCAACGGCGCCGAAGUGCCUCAUAUACACCACAGUUUGGAGACCACCAUCGACCUGGCCGACUGCUAUAUAUACUCGGGCCUUUUGACCGAAUCAGACUUGCUCUACUCAAAUCAGACGUUCGACAGCAACCGGCCUGGGCACCAAUCCCUCCCGCGAGUCUAUCUCUCGACAGAUGUCUACACAAGUAGUGACGAGGACACCGCCAUCGCAUUCGUGAUCUGGCAGCCCCUGCGCAGAAACUAUUUCCGCUCACGCGAGUACGGGACCAAGGGAGAGAAGCGGCAACGGUUGAAGCAGGUGUCCACACUGGGAGUGCACGGGCGGACCAUCGUCUUCAAGGCGCGCAGCCGUGUGGAGAAAGACCGGUGGGUGUUGAGUAUAGCAUCCGAGAUUGACCGUCUGCAAGAAGACCGGCCGGAGGAUGUGCGAAUCAUCUCACAGCAGACUUAG